UGCCUUGACCUCCCUCCAGCCACAACGACAUGCCCCUGGUCCUGAGGCAGCUGCACCACAAUGGGCUCCAGGAUGUUAAUCUGCGCAAUUUCAGCCACGGCCAGACCAGCUUGGACAGGCUGAAAGACGGUCUCGCAGAUGCGCAGUUCUGGUCAGCCUACUUCCCAUGCCAGACCCACCAACGGGAUGCCGUGUGCUUCACCCUGGAGCAAAUUGACCUCACUCGCCUCAUGUGUGCCUCCUAUUCUGAGCUGGCGCUUGUGACCUCAAUUAAAG